UAUCCUUUUGCUAGUUCUCUUGGCUCUCUCUCAAGUAUCAACCAGGCAACCUCUCCUAAAACCACCAACACAAAACAUAAAAAUAAAAAACAAAAUAAUAAGGAAGAAAAAAGAAACAAAGUGAAAAUGGCAGCGAUUUUUCUCUCGAAUCCAAGCACCUUCCUCCCAUCAUCGUCAUCAUCUUCUUCAGCCUCACACAAACAAGCAACGAGGGGAACCAGUGUGUGCAAACCAGUGAGUAAAUUACUAAAUUGUCCUCCUCAAAUCUCUAAGAGAAGCCUAUCCAUAAGCCUCACUUCCCUUUUCCUCUUGUCCUUAACUGGAAAUCCCAAUGGUGCUAAUGCAGCCAUUUUAGAGCCUGAUGAUGAUUUGGAACUCAUGGAGAGAAUCAAGAAAGACAGAAAGAAACGGAUUGAAAAACAAACCGUACUUAAUUCAACCAAAGACAGAGAAUAUUUACAAGAUGUUAUUUACAAGCUUAGCAAAGUAGGGCAAGCCAUCGAGAACAAUGAUCUCCCGUCUGCUGGUUCAGUCCUUGGUCAAACCCCUGAUGCAGACUGGCUCAAGAUGGCCAAUGAAGCCCUCUCAAAGUUGAGUUCCAGCCCUGAGGAGAUGUCUGAGGUGGAUGCAUUCAACUCGUCGUUGACUUCUUUGUAUUCAUCAGUAACAAAGAACGACAUAGAAGCAUCGAAAUCAGCUUUUGUGGACUCCGCAAGUGCAUUUGAGAAGUGGACAACAUUGACUGGUUUGGUUGGACAACUAAAAGGCCUUUGAGCAAAUUUAGGCUCCUUCCAUUUUUUUUUUUUUUUUUUUUUUUGUUUUCUAAUUUAGGGUUCAUAUGAUAUGAGAAGCAAUUUGCUUUGCAUGAAUUAAAUUCUUCCUUUCAUUUUCAUAAAUUCCCAAAUCAAUCUUUGAUUGUAAUGAGAUCAAAUUAAAAACCUAUAUUUGUAUA